AUGUUUCGAAGGGCAUGCCAUUUACACUGCCGUACUCGGUUGCUUGUGUAUCGUCGUCACUUUGCGUCACGAUCCGGAACAAGAUCGCUGGACGAUCGUACAAGAAAGCUUAUUGAGGAAGUCAAGAAUCUUGAAUACAAGGUGGAAUCUCAAAAGAAAAGACAAGAAGCCAUGGCACUGUUGGACAAGCUUGAACACGCUGGUGGUAGCGUUCCUGCUAUUGCUGAUGCAGAGGAAAUAUACGCACAACUGUCAGCUGAGCCCACAUCCCCCGUGCGAAGAAUGGUGGAACCGGACUAUCUCGAGAAGUUGCGUGUCAAAUUCUUGGAUACCCGACAAUCAUUGCAAAGCGAAGCUAGUCAGGAACGAGAGGAUGCCCUUGUCAGCCAAGAUCAACCAUCAACAUCGUUAACGGGUCAGGAUUAUGAGCAACUUGUUUAUGUGAAUGCAUUGGCAAAACGACCCAAGGAGGCUGAAAGAGCACUACAGCUGAUGGAAGAAAAUGGUCAUCCCCUCACGGUGAAAGCCUACAAUCAUUUAUUGGAUGCGUACGCCAACACACGCGAUCUACAAGGCGCCAUAGACGUGUUCAAGCGGAUCAAAGCUGACGACAUGACACCCGACAUUUACACCUAUUCGACACUCAUCAAAGCACAUAUCCAAGGUGCCAAGUUGAAUGACGCAUUCAUUAUAUUUGACCAAUUGAAGCAAGCAGGUUUAAUACCAACACAGCCUAUUUUUUCCAAUCUAAUCAGUGGAUGCAUCAAGUCAAAUCAAAUCGAAAGGGCCUGGGAAGUCUUUGAUUCAAUGCGUUUAUCAUAUCACCAACCGGAUGAAGUGACAUUUACUCUGAUGUUGCAUGCAUGUGCCAAGCGUGGCGAAGUGGAGCGUGCUCUUAACGUCUUUGAAGAUAUGGUUGGAAGCAGUCUUUAUCCCACGGAUGUCACAUUCAAUGUCCUUAUCAAUGCAUGCGCCAAACGACCUGAUUAUUUCGACACUGCUUUCGAUCUCUUGCACCAAAUGCAAAACAUUUAUGGAUUCCAGCCUGAUCGCAUCACCUACAAUACCCUCCUCAGUGCUUGUGCAAGAAAGAAACACCUUGAAAGAGCACGUGACAUUUUUCAAAUCAUGAUGUAUGACGCCAAGGAACAAGGACCUGAUUCCAUGUUGACACCCGAUCAUCACACGUUCACCAAUCUCUUUAUGAGUUAUGCAAGCUAUGAUCCAUUACCAGCCAAAAAGAAACAACAGCAGCCUGAACAACAACAACAAGAUGCGCUUGUGGAGCAUUCAUUAAUAUCCAACACACUUCCCGAGAGAAGAUCGGAUGUGGUGCAAGAAGCCAAGAAGCUCUUUGAUUUCAUUACGACAAACAAGAGCUGUGAGAUGACGAGUGGAUUGCUAUCUUCGUAUUUGUCCGUACAUAUCAUGCAGAGGCAGCAUCGUGAGGUGGUUGACAUUUAUCUCAAUGCUUUUGAAAAGUACGGCGUUGAAAGGACGGCAUUGACGUAUUCAAUGAUGUUACAAUUCUGUUACAACACACGUGAUACCGACAUGGCAUGGCGAGUAUGGGAGGAUUACCAAGACUUUUUGGAGCAACGACAAGCGUUGCCACCCCAAGAAACUGUAUCCAAGCAAAACAAGGAGGGAUGGACACCUGAUCAGCAAAAGCAAUCGGCUUUAUUGAUGGUUAACACGCUUGCUCGGGGCAAUGACUUUAAGAAUGCACUUUUGUUACUUGAAACACAAUUCCAAAAGGAGGAUCGACCGACAUUGAAACAAUUGACAACAAUGUACAACAAAUGCAUUCAGCUAGAAGAUCAAGAAGCAUUGGCACAGCUCAAAAGGUUAUGUUCACAAGAGCGUAAAUAUAAGCCAACAGAUUGGCGAUUUAGAAAAUAG